CCAGGCUUCAGGCUGUAUCGGGGGCCCCAGACAUCAGGCUGCAUCGGACCCUGGAACCAUGUCAGACCCCACAGUCACUUCCUAUCUGACCAAGUUGCUUUGCUCACAUGGCGGUCGUCUGGAGAGAAAUCAGUUGGAUGAUCUUCUGGAGCUCCCCGCAGAACAGAUUGAGCAGAUCCUGGAGGAUGAGCCGCUCAGAUUCCCACAGAACUCUCAGAUGGUACUGGCCCGAAGCCCCCUGAGGAUUUGCAACCGAUACCUACACCUAAAGGGGAAAGAAGAGGAGGAGGAGGAGAAGUGCCCCAAACUGCACAUGUGUCACCAGUACCUAAGGGGUCAGUGUCCCCCUAACCGGAGGCCUCCCUGUAGAUUCUCCCACAGUGUCUUGUCUGACCACAACUGCGCUGUGUUAAAGGCCAAUGAACUGAGCACACUGAAUGAGGACGAGAUCAAAGUUCUGUUGCUCCAGAAUGACAACCAGUUGCUGCCGGAGAACUGUGAGAAAUACAUGCACAGCAACUGUGAUCAAGGAGAGGACUGUUCGCGCCUCCAUGUGUGUAGGUAUUUCAUCAGAGGGCAAUGCAACAACCGCUUCUGUAAAAGAUCACAUAAUCUCCUGGGAUCCAAGUCACUACUCACCUGCAGCUGGCUGAGCCAGGAGACCAUCCAGAACUUUCAGAUACUCUGCGUGCUGACGCACAAUGAAAGGCAUCAGGCGCAGAGGGAGGAGUCGAAACAUCAGAAGCCCAGGGAUGCGAGGGGGAGAUCCAGGGGCAGAAGUAGAAGAAGGACAGGAGACAGAAGAAGAGCGGGAUCUCAGGACCUAUUGAAGGAUGGGAGCAGAGAGAGAAUUUAUAAAGCAUUGCCGGAGAAGAUGCCAGAAAUUUGCCCAUGUCAUAUUUGGGAAAACUGCGUGUUUGGAGAAUUGUGUUCCGUCAGAGAUAACAGUCGAUGUCUUUCCCACUUCACAGAUACCUGUGCCAACAUGCACUAUCACUUACCGUACCGCUGGCAAAUGUUCAACAGAACAGACUGGGAGGACCUUCCCAACAUGGAGAAACUGGAAAAGGCUUUCAGCGACCCAAGCAUUGACUGUUACUAUUCAGUUGACUUUCAGCUCAUGAGAUCCGAUACAAAUCCAGUCCGCCGACUCUCCACCCCAUCGUCUCUCACCCGAUCCUCUACAUAUGGACUGAACACUAAGUGGAUUUGGUACUGGAAGGACGAGUUGGGCACCUGGACCAAAUGUAGGCAGUCAAACACAGACGGAGUGAGUUCCCUGAUCCUAUCAUCAGAACUGGAGACCAUCUACCUCUCAAAACCCACCGGGACCAUUCCGAUCACUUCCAGUAACCAGAAAUACAUUCUCAACUGCCAAAGAAGGUUGUUGGUAAGGAGGUAUCAGGUGGACCUGAUCAGAAGCAAGAAGUUAGUCUAUGUGGAGUUACCUCCGAGUCCGACUAGGUCUGCAAAAGAAAAUGGAAUAGAGUUCCAAUUAGGACUGGAUCAGAUGAGGCUGCAGCAUGUUUAUUUCAUGACGGAGUGGGAGGUGCGUCGGAGACCUAGGUUCUUGGAUUCUGUCAGGGUGAAGAUUUUGAGGAGAAGCAUAAUAUCUGACGCAAGCAAUUCAAAGCAGGAGCCAGCGGACUCCCCCGCGAAGGCGGUAGACUAUCCACCAAAGUGGGACUUAAAGACCGUGCCACAUAUAGGGUAUCAGAACGUUCGGGUACCGCAGACGUGCGACGAGUUUUCAAACAUUGUCAAAGUGUUCAGCAAGACGCUCCCGGAACACAAGGUGGAGAAAAUGUGGCGGGUUCAGAACCCCACCCUCUGGCAGGCCUAUCAGUGUCAGAAGGAUCAGAUGAAGAAGAAUUUGGGCGUCAAUGUAGAUGAGCGUCAGCUGUUUUACGGCACAAACUUUGUCAAAGUCACCACCAUCUGCAUGAACAAUUUUGAUUGGAAUGUCCAGGACACCCACGCCCCCUUGUAUGGACAAGGAAAUUACUUCGCCAGAGACGCGUCCUACGCCCACAAAUACUCCCCGGACUUCUCCAUGGGGACAAGGACCAUGUUUGUGGCUCGGGUGCUGGUCCAUGCCAAAGGUAAUCCAGCGAUGGGACACCGACCUCAGAAAGACAGGAGCGCAGACUCCUGUGUAAACAGCGUCACCGAUCCGUCCGUCUUCGCGGUGUUCGAGAAAUCUCAGGUCUAUCCAGAGUACAUCCUGGAGUAUAAGAAGGAGAAGAAAAAAUCGGCCUGCAUCAUCAGCUGA